AUGGAAAACCGCGUCGGCGCCGUCGUGACGAGGCUCUGUCUGACACACCGCUGGUCAGCCGGUAGGUGGUGGAACGUCGCAUCGGCAUCGUCUAGACGAGGCUCCGCCUGGUACGCCGUUGAUCAGCCGGUGGGAUGGAUCUCCGAAUUGGCACCGUCGACACGCGCCCAUCUGGUGCACCGUAGGAGACCGCAGGCUUGCGGCAAUGCCGUAAGCCAUUGGCAAAUUCGAGUCGUUCUUCCACUGCCAAAAAAACUCGUGGCCCACAAUGGAGUUCGGCCGCGCCGGCACAUCAAGCAGCCCCUAUUCAGGGGUCAGGGCACUGCUUCCUUCGGGGGGGCCUGGAAAAGCUGGCCUAAAAAUUGCUGGGGAACCACGUCGUCUGCUGGCGCACCGUGUUCGCAGACGCAAAACUCACGGUCGAAACAAUCAAACUCGAAACAACAACAACAACAACAACCAUACUCAUUCUCCUCAUCCUACCUCUUCUACCUCUACCUCUGUCUAUUCUUCUGCCUAUUCUUCUCCUUCGUCAUCUUCUUCUCCACCUCCUUCCCAUCGCCCCACUCGUUUUCCCCAGACUGACAGGGUGAGCCCGCUCACUCUGGCAGCCUGGAAUGUUCGUUCCCUUUUAGACAAUCCGAGGAGCAACCGACCGGAACGGAGGACGGCGCUAGUGGCACGAGAACUGGCGCGCUACAAGGUGGACAUCGCCGCACUCAGCGGGACCCGAUUCUCCGAACAAGGCCAACUGGAGGAGGUGGGUGCCGGCUACACCUUCUUCUGGAGUGGUCGACCCAGGGCAGAGCGACGAGACGCGGGCGUCGCCUUCGCCAUCCGGACCGACUUCGUGGGACGACUGCCCUGUUUGCCGCAGGGCAUCAACGAUCGCCUGAUGAGCCUCCGCCUGCCUCUCUGGGGAGGCAAAUUCGCCACCAUCAUCAGCGCCUACGCUCCGACGAUGACCAACCCCGACGCCGUCAGAGACAACUUCUACGAGGACCUGCACGCCCUCUUGGCGACUGUGUCGAAGGCGGACAAGUUGAUUGUCCUUGGUGACUUCAACGCCCGCGUCGGCACAGACCAUACUGCCUGGAGGGGAGUGCUGGGUCCCCACGGUCUCCGCGGCUCCAACGACAACGGCCUGCUUCUCCUCCGCACCUGCGCAGAACACCGCCUCACCCUGACGAAUACCUUCUUCUGUCUGCCGGUGCGAGAGAAGGCCACCUGGAGGCAUCCUCGGUCGCGUCAGUGGCACCUGCUGGACUAUGUCCUCGUCCGGAGGCGAGAUCAGCGGGACGUGCCGGUGACGAAGGCGAUCGCGGGUGCUGAUGGGUGGACCGACCAUCGCCUCGUCAUCUCGAAGAUGCGUAUUCGCCUACAGCCUCGCAGGAGACCACAAGGUAAGCGACCCCCAGGUAAGCUGUAUGUUGCCUUGUUGUCUUUGCCCGCUCACCACCUUCAUUUCAGCAAUGAGCUAGCUCAACGGCUAGACCACCUCCCAAUCGAUGCCGCAGACGACGCCGCCGCUGCCGAGACCGCCUCCGUGGAGAACCACUGGUGUUAACUGCGUGACACAGUACAGUCGACGGCGCUCGCCGUCCUCGGUCGCGCUCCCCGCCAACACCAGGACUGGUUCGACGACAACGACGCCGCCAUCAGAUAUCCGCUUGCUGAGAAAAAUCCCCUACACCAAGCCUACGUGGAUCACUCCACCGAUGCCACCAAAGCUGCCUUCUACGGUAGUCGCCGCCAACUUCAGCAACGACUGCGCGAGAUGAAGGACGCCUGAACUGCUCGCAAAGCUGAGGAGAUCCAAGGCUACGCCGACCGCAACGAAUGGAAGAACUUCUUCUCCGCAAUCAAAGCUGUCUACGGUCCGCCGGCGAAGGGCACUGCUCCUCUCCUCAGCGCCGACGGCAGCACUCCCCUGACUGAGAAGACGCAAAUCCUGCAGCGAUGGGCCGAGCACUUCCGAGGCGUCCUCAACCGCCCUUCCGUCAUCUCCGACGCCGCCAUCGCCCGCUUGCCGCAAGUGGCGACCAACGCGGACCUCGACCUCCCACCAUCUCUCCAGGAAACCAUCAGGGCCGUGCAGCAGCUCUCCAGCGGGAAAGCACCCGGAUCGGACGCAAUCCCUACUGAGGUCUACAAGCACGGAGGUCCCCUACUGAUGGAUCACCUGACUGCGCUCUUCCAGGAGAUGUGGCGUCAAGGUGAAGUCCCGCAAGAUUUCAAGGACGCAACAAUCUUGCACCUAUACAAACGCAAAGGGAAUCGUCAAGUCUGCGACAACCACCGCGGCAUCUCCCUACUGAACAUCGCCGGGAAGAUCUUCGCUCGCAUCCUGCUCAACCGCCUCAACAACCAUCUGGAACAGGGCCUUCUGCCGGAAAGCCAAUGCGGCUUCCGUCGUCAUCGUGGGACCACGGAUAUGAUCUUCGCAGCCCGCCAACUUCAGAAGAAGUGCCAGGAGAUGCGGACACACCUGUACUCUACCUUCAUGGACCUGACGAAAGCCUUCGACACGGUGAAUCGUGAAGAACUGUGGAAGAUCAUGCAGAAAUUCGGCUGUCCGGAGCGAUUCACUCAGAUGGUGCGUCAGCUGCACGACGGUAUGAUGGCGCGAGUCACGGACAACGGAGCUGUCUCAGAGGCAUUCGCAGUGACCAACGGAGUGAAGCAGGGCUGUGUGCUGGCGCCUACCCUCUUCAGUCUCAUGUUCUCUGCCAUGCUGAUGGACGCCUACCGCGACGAACGCCCUGGAAUCCGCAUCGUCUAUAGAACGGACGGUCAUCUGCUGAAUCACCGGCGCAUGAACUUCCAAUCGCGUGUAUCCGCGGCCACCGUGCACGAACUCCUCUUCGCCGACGACUGCGCCCUAAACACCACCUCGGAAGAGCAGAUGCAACGGAGCAUGGACCUAUUCUCCGCCGCCUGCGAGAACUUUGGGCUGGUUAUCAACACGCAGAAGACGGUGGUGAUGCAUCAGCCGCCUCCCAACUCAGCCACAGCCCCCAACGCGCCGCAAAUCAGCGUGAAUGGGACUCAACUGCAAGUGGUAGAGAACUUCCCGUACCUGGGCAGCACGCUCUCCCGCAACACCAAGAUCGACGACGAAGUCGCCAACAGGAUCUCGAAAGCCAGUCAAGCCUUCGGUCGCCUCCAAAGCACAGUUUGGAAUCGUCAUGGUCUCCAACUGAGCACAAAGCUGAAGAUGUACAAGGUCGUCAUCCUGCCGACGCUACUGUACGGAGCGGAGACCUGGACGGUGUACACGAGGCAGGCACGUCGACGUAACCACUUCCACCUCAGCUGUCUCCGCCGCAUCCUGAGGCUGAACUGGCAGGACCGCAUCCCCGACACCGAAGUGCUGGAACGGACGGGAAUUCUGAGCAUCUACUCCAUGCUGAGGCAAAUGCAGCUGCGCUGGAGCGGCCAUCUGGUGCGCAUGGACGACGAGCGACUACCCAAACGACUCUUCUACGGAGACGUCGCGACGGGUUCUCGUCGUUAA